GCUGACAGCCGGCAUUCAUUUGUUGUUCUCUGUGAUUUUACGUAAUAUUGGUAUUUAUUCUGAAUAUAAUUGUUUAUAGAGCACAUUAAAACGAUGAUGCGACGCUGUAUGAUGGCCUUGAGGGUCGCUAGAUCCCAGAUCGCGCUCAGCACUGCCAGGAAUACUCAGAGCAAUCUUCUCCAGCGGUUCUACAGCCAGGCUCCUCAAAUUGGAAUCGUGGACUACGACGUGGUCAAGAAACUGCCCAGCGAACCACAGAAACUGCUCAUCGAUGUCCGGGAGCCGGAGGAGCUGAAGGAAACCGGACAAAUCCCCGCCAGCAUCAACAUUCCUCUGGGCGUGGUUAGUCAGGAAUUGGCGGCCAGUGAGCAGCUUUUUAAAUCCAAAUAUGGCCGGGAAAAACCGAAGCCAGAAACGGAGAUUAUAUUUCACUGCAAGAUUGGCAAAAGGAGCCUUAAGGCUGCAGAAGCUGCCGCCGCAUUGGGAUUCAAGAAUGUAAAGAACUACCAGGGAUCUUGGCUGGAUUGGGCCGAACGAGAAGGCCUGCCCAAGUAAAUAACAUUGCUAUCCUGGUUAAUCCAUUAUUUUGGAACAAUAAUUCCAGUUCCCCCAAACAACCCGAUUACUCAUUUUUAAAAAUAAACAAAUUUUAUGUGCUUUGGCAAGUCAUA